UCCUAACUAUAGAGUUCGGUAAACCCCCAUGCAUACUAAAUGACGAUAAAGGUGUUUAACGUAUUUCAGUGGCAUUGGUGACACGGAAAAUCAUCUUCAAUGUAUCGAUACGUAGUGUUUGCGGAUAUUAAUCGUUUUAAGCAUUGGAUUUCUUUAACGUGAUGACGAUGGAUAAUUAUUCCUUCGAGCCUUUACUGUGUGUACUACGAUUUCUGUUUUUACUUUGGGUUCUAAUUUCACCAUCACAAUCGUUUGGUAACUGGAUGUAUUUAGGCGUUUCUUCAAUUACUGCACCAAAAGAGAAUUCGUGCAGUAAUUUCCCCGGUCUUGUGGAUAAGCAGAAGAAUCUUUUAUGUAUACAGAACCCUCAGGCGCUAAAGAGCGUCAGCGAAGGCGCGAAAAAGGCCAUUUACGAAUGUCAGGCUCAAUUUCGUAAUGAGAGGUGGAAUUGUACCCUGAGCUCAAAUUAUUCCAUUUUUGGCCACGUGCUGAGAAAAGGUACCAGGGAAACAGCAUUUAUAUACUCAAUUCUAAGUGCGGGUGUCGUGCAUUCUGUGACGCAAGCAUGCACGGCGGGAAAUCUAACGGCGUGCACGUGUGAUGUGAGUGUACGUGAAGGUGAACAUACGGUAGAGGGGUGGAAAUGGGGGGGAUGUAGUGACAAUGUUCAGUAUGGAAUUCAAUUUAGUCGUCAGUUUGUUGACGCAUCAGAAACCCAACGUACUGAAAAAUCGGCAAAUAUCAGGAACAGAAUGAACCUACAUAAUUACGAAGUGGGCCGACAGAUUGUUGCCGAGCUUAUGAAGUUUAAGUGUCGAUGUCAUGGAGUUUCCGGAUCAUGCGCAGUCCAGACUUGUUGGAAAUCGCUAUCCGACUUCCGGACGAUAGGAGAUACCUUAAAACAAAAAUACGAAUCACCGAUUCAAAUUGCCAGACGAUCUUUGCGAAAAUUAAAGAGAGCAGAAAAAAAGAAGCGAAGAGUGCCCAUCGCGAAUAUGGAAUUAGUUUACGUUCACAGAUCACCAAAUUACUGUAAGGCGAACAAAAAGAGGGGAAUUCUGGGAACAAAGGGGCGUGAAUGUAACAAAACGUCAUCGGGGUCAGACAGCUGUGACCUCUUGUGUUGUGGGCGUGGUUAUAAUACUCAAGUAGUACGACUAGUUCAAAGAUGCGAAUGCAAAUUUAUUUGGUGUUGUUACGUAAAAUGCAAAACGUGCGAAACCCUUCUUGAUAAACACACGUGCAAAUGAAGUUGUGCUCCAUUAAAAUUGAAUGUCUUGUGAUCAAAGCAAUAUUUUCGUCAGAGAUGAUGUUUGACGCACAUGUGUUUGGACAUCCCAAAUUUACCCGACAGAUCUAGAAAUUUCGUCAAUGUAGGGAGAAGAAGUAUGGAGUACAAACUGACUGCCUCCUUGUCAAUGUGAUAUUGUAAUUAGAGCCAUCUGUUUCCAUCCCGAAUUUACACGAUACCAUUCUUUAAUUAUCGUAUAUUUUCUGAUUUUCCUCAGAAUCAUAUUUGAGAUACAUGACUGACCCUUAAACGACAUAGGAAUGUACGUGUUUUUAUUCAACGUUGUGGUCGCCUUGCGAUUUUGUAUCUUUUUGAAUAACUUUAUCUUAGUAUUUUUUCUAGACUGUGCGGCGACGGUUUUGGAUGUAAUGUCUCAGGAUGAAUUGGUAUUUUACAAUGUAUAUCGAUAAUGAUGAUAAUUUAUUUCACAUUUCAUGACAUUUUUUUAUGAUUUUAUAAUUACAUGUACAUAUAUGUGUAUCAAAGUGCUGUCAUUACCUACAUUAACAGAAAUGUGAACAUUUACUCAGCAAAAGUUACUUUGCUCUCACCAUUUUCAUUUGAUUUCAUUUUUUUCUUGUUUUAUAUUGUUACAUGCUUUAUUUUGUUAUAGGUUUAUCAUAAUUAUCUGUGUACAUUUGUUUGUUUCUAGUAUACAUAAAUCUGCUUGUAUAUGUAUAUAAAAAGUUCCAAA